AUGGAGGCUCGAUCUAUCGCCGCGGCAGUCCUCGCGUCGUCUCCGCUGCCGCCGCGCGGUGCCGUUUCCAGGCAAGGCGUGGAGAUUGCCCGACCGGCUGAGAUGCAUGCGCUCUUAGGCACGCGCACCGCUGCUGCAUCGAGUGCUGCGCGCGCAGAGUGUUGCGCUUCUAACGGGGCUGCUAGCAGCGCAAUUGGUGGGACUUCUACUAGGGCUGUUAGUAGCACCACUGCGGGCCAUCGGCGCGCUCUGAACCGGACAGAUGGGGCGAGGGAGGCGCGGCCCGUCGUUUCGCGGAAGAAGCGGCGCGGCUUGCGGAGAGUGGCGCACCUCUCCGCCGGCGACGGCGCGCAGCCGAGCCCCGAGUCCGCGCGGGCGGUGUGGGCGGAAGUUCUGAUAGUGGGGCUGCUGCACUCCACGCGCGGGGACGAGGAGGGCGGGGAGAGCGCUCAGGGGGUUGCGGGGGAAGCCAGUUGCUCGGGCAGUGGCGCGCAGCAAGAGGGGCUUGGCGUGCGUGGGGACGGACUCGCGGGGCAGGGGGGCGUGUGGACUGAGGCGGACGAGGCGGAGCUGAUUGCGCGGGCGGUGGGCGGGGCCGUGGGCGGAGCGGUGGUCAAUGCAGCGGGGGCGCUUAUCGCCGGUGUGGUGUGCGCAGGCGCGGGGGACGCGGAGGGCGCGGAGGCGGCGUGGGAAAAGUUGGGGGCGGAGGGCAGCGCGGGAGUGAGUCUGGCGGGAGAAGCGGAGGCGGAGGGGGAAGGGGGGGAAUCUGAGAUGGCGCGGGGAAGGCUGGAGCUGGAGCGCGCGCAGUUAGAGCUGGCGAUGCGGGAGUCGCGCGGGGAGGCGGAGAGGAGAGAGGCGGAGUGCGGGGCGGCGGAGAGGUGGGAGGCGGUGGAGGGAGAGGCGGAAAGGGGGGAGGCGGAAGCGGUUGAGGGGGCGGUGGCGGCGGGGGAGGCAGAGCUGCGGGAGACCACGGGAUCGGGCGAGGGCUUUGAGGAGUGGGGGGGCGCACGAAAUGGCGAGGGCAGCGUUUGCGCGGGUGACACUGUUGGGCUGCUGGUUGCGCGGAAGGGCGCAGCAGGCGCGGCGGAGCGCGCGGAGCGGGGGGUGCGCGCGGAUGCAGCUGGGUACGGGGAGUCGAGCGACGACGAGGCUGCUGCGGUGGAAGCCAGGCCGGCCGCUUACCCCGCCGCCCUCAACUCGCUGCACCCGAGCAACGUGUUCAGCUUCGCUGUACCUGGCGUUUGGUUCGUGGUGCUGGUGCUGGCAGGGGCGGUGGAGCGCAUCACUGGCAUUGCAUCAGGCGUGGCCUUUGAACGUGACUGGGUUAUUCUGCUGGCGGGGCAGGACAACGCGGCAGCGCUGGCCAACGCCAACGCCAUGCUGCGCCGGGCCGACCUCUUCUGUGACGUGGCAGGGCCGCUGGUGUUUGGGUGGCUGCUGUCAGCGUUCAGCCCGGCUGUGUGCAUCAGAGCCUCCCUCGCCACCAUGCUGCUCUCGCUGCCCAUCCUCAUCUGCCUCGUGCUGCUCACUGACCGCCAGUCCAAUGGUGUGCUCAGCCGCCCCAAGCCGCCUGCUGCGCCACUGCUCUCCCUAGAGCCGCCCUCCACAGAGCCCACCAGCACCAGCAGCUGCAUGGACAGCAGGGGAGUGGGGAGAGGUAGCAGUGAAGGAGCGACUGCUGCAGGGGCUGCUGGUUCUGCAGCAGACAGUGGCGCAUCCACCCGCUCACCCUCCCCUGCUGCCGGCUUCCCUUCACCCGCGCUGCUCCUCAUGUCAGUAGCCCGGGCUGUAGCGGCGGCACUCACUGGGAGCUGCCGGGCAGCCGGAUCGGUUCUGGGGAUGUCGUUUCGCGCCUUCAGGGGAGCGUGUGCGGCCAUGGGCUUCGCUGCCACCUUCCUCUCGCCGCUCCUCAUCACCCGCCUUGGCCUGCUGCAGGCGGGCGGGGCAGCGCUGCUGUUCCAGUCACUGGUGCUGGCGGCCUCCCUGGGGGUCUUCGCCCUCUCACACUCCAUGGGCCAACCACCACUCUCUGCUCCUCGCCUUCCUCGCGCUCAUCGUGAGUUAUCCCCCUCCGCAAUUACUCAUACCACUAGUGUUACCCCUUAG